UUAUUUUAUUUAUUUUUUGGGAUUUGAAGAGAAAAAGAGAGAUUCUAACCCCAAAGGAAAAAAGAAAACACAAUGUUUUGUUUGUAAGCGGCAAUUCGAAGCAGAUUCUCUUCUUCUUCUUCUUCUUCUUCAUUUUACCAAUUCUUCUCUGCAAUUCUAGUUUACUAUCUUCACUGCUUUUCAAUGGCGCUAUAGUUUCUGUGUUUGCGUUCAAGUUCUAAAUUUAGUUCAGUUUAGAAGAGUCACUUUGUCAAAGCCUGUGAAAAUCUUCUCUCUUAUCAGAUUCUUGGAGAAACUUAUGUUGAAAUUGGAGAAUUGUUUUCUCCAGGAUGAGAAGCAUGUUUUUCUGGAGGAACAGUCGCAAUUUUAUAGAGUAUUAUAACACUUUACAGUUCGAUUACUGAAAAGGUUAAGUGAAUCUGCCUUUUAGAUCUUCAUAUCGACGGCAUAAAUUCUCUGAUUAGCAAGCUUUUGUAGGAAUUCAGGUUCUGAGCGCUUCAUUUCUGGAAAAACUCUCGAUAUCCGUAGUCAAUUUUAGGGUGAAUUACUGAGAAUUGAACUUCUUUGAGAGGUUUGAAUUCGUAAUCCAUCAAGAGAAGAAGGCCGAGGGAUUCGCGUUUAACCGUUUGGAAAGCUUGAUUGUAAUUGGCUAUGGAGCUUCCUCAGCCUUCCCGUCCCCUCGGAACCGAAGGACGGAAACCAACGCAUGACUUCCUAUCACUCUAUAGUCAUUCAACUGCCGACCAACAAGAUCUAUCUCAGUCCUUUCAAGGAGGUUUUCUUACAACGCAUGAUUUUCUCCAGCCGUUGGAACGGAUUGAGAAGACUUGUGCCAAGAAAGAGCAAACAAUGAAUGUGUCCACUGUCGAACGAGCAGCGCCAUCCUUGGCAACUCUAGCACGUAAUUCUCCUGUCGAGCGUCUUUUACCAGGUGGAAUUGGGAGUUGCAUUAUUGGCCACAUUUCUUAUUUCAACCAUAGGGUUCCAAAGACAGAAGGCUCGGUAUUUCCAGUCCCUCAGGCGAGCAAUACUGACAAAAGUGACGACAACUCCCGCUGUAGCUCUUUGUCUGCAAGUGGUUUCAAGUUGUGGGAAGAAUCUGCUGUUAAAAAGGGAAAGACAAGGAAGGAGAAUUUGAGUGAAAAUCCGGGUCUAAGAGAACCACCGGCAAAGAUGGAACAGUGGGCCGUUUCAACAGAGCGGCCAAUACAAUCAUCAUGCAGCAGCUUCAGCUCUCUCUCGUCCUCUCAGCCUUCAGGCCAGCAGAAACGGAGCUUCGGUGAGAUGUUGAAGUCCGCAGCCAAUGUUUCCUCUAAGGAAGAGGAACUAGACGAUGGCAAAGCAUUUGUUAUUAAGAAGGAAUCAUCGCCAUCCACUGCCUACAGAGGUGACUUGAGGAUAAACGUCGGUGGAAAAUGCUCUGAUCAGAAGGCUAACACGCCGAGAUCCAAACAUUCUGCAACAGAACAGCGUCGAAGGAGCAAAAUUAAUGAUAGGCAAGAUUUCACAGAUAUAUUUACAUGCAGGUUUCAGAAGCUGAGAGAACUUCUUCCCUGUAGUGAUCAGAAGAGAGACAAAGCAUCAUUUUUGUUAGAGGUUAUCGAGUACAUUCAAUUUUUACAAGAAAAGGUUCGCAAAUAUGAAAGCUCACCACCGCAAGGAUGGUACGAUGAACCAGCGAAAUUACUCCCCUGUAGAAACAAUUGUAAUCCAGCACGACGUUACAUCGAUCAAUCUCAAGUUGCCAAGAGCGGCCCUGUGUUUAUAUUUGCUGGGUCUGACCAGAAAAAUACGUCUCACUUCCCUGCAUUUCUUCCAAGGUGCUCGCACAACCCAGUCGAAUCUAAUACUUCCACCACCUUCGGAGAAGCGGAUCAUCAUCUUGGAUCAACAAACAAAGCAACAUCUUAUCCAAUGUUGGACCCACGCUAUUUCAUACCUGUCACAAGUGAAGGUGAAAAAACUAAAAUCUAUUCUCAAGUGGCACAUAGUGCAGACAGAAAACCAUAUAAAAUGCAACGACUAUUAUGUGAGACGAGAGCAUGUACUACCGAUAUUGCUGCUGUUGAUAAUAAGCUGAAAGAACCUGAGCAGAGCAUUGAAGGUGGUAGAAUUAGCAUCUCAAGUGCAUAUUCUCAAGAGUUGUUAAAAAUUCUCACACAAGCGCUACAGAGUUCUGGAGUGGAUAUGUCACAGGCCAGUAUCGCUGUACAAAUAGAACUUGGAAAGAGGACAAAUUGUAGAGAUACUGCCGCAAAUCCUGCUAUUGUGGAUGAUUCAGCUCGCCCAAGUGAGAGAGCGGUCGUCGGUACCAGAGUUGCAGCUGCAGAAGAGGACAUGGAGCAGGCAUUCAGAAAGAAGCAAAAUACUUGAAAGAGAUGGUAUAACAAAGUAAUUCUCCCGUCAAUUCAAUUAAUUAUCACUUCAUUUUUACGUUCCAUUUCUUCCAUGAAGGGUUUAUGGCCUUUCAAUUAUUUGGGAAAUGCAUCUGACCCAGAUUGAUUGUACAUUAGGAUAUAGUUCAUCUUCUAGUUGUGAUUUUUUGGGCACCCCCCAUUUUAAUAUGGUGAAGCUGCUUUAGAAGUUAAGCUUCCCUCCAUAUUUAGAGGCUGUUUUAGAUAUAAAGGCUUUUGUUUGAUGUAAA